CGGGCAGUGAUCACUCCAGUGCGGAUUGGGAAAGGAACAGCCACUGCAACGAGAGACCGUGUGUGACACGCUGGGGGAGGACAUCAAGAGUGGAGGAAUUGCGACUGGGUAUCUCAGAGGGAAUAUCACAUCCGAUCUACACCCCACUCAGCUGAAUAUCAUCGGCCUGUGAGCGUGGAGGGAGAGACGCUGGUUUGUUUCACUUCAGACCCCAGGCGGUGAGGGCUGUUACAGGGCACCGACCGUGACACAGCUGGGGAGAAGACACACUGUCUGCAGCGGGGAGCUGAGAAACCACUUGUGUAAGGUCAGGAGCCAGUUUCAGGCAAGCCGUGUAACUUCUUCCAGCCUGUGAAGGAGCGGGCAGUGAUCACUCCAGUGCGGAUUGGGAAAGGAACAGCCACUGCAACGAGAGACCGUGUGUGACACGCUGGGGGAGGUGAGCUCACCUGAUCUGUGACUGGGAACGUGUUCACCACAUCCUUGUUUUUGCACCAGUGAAACAUUCAUUCUUUUGACUGAGAUAAACUUGAUCCAUUUCCCUGAGAGUAUUCAAAUCUUCUUUCCCUUGUUUCCAUUUGAGGAAAGUAAUUAAUUCGGUCAUCUUUUUUACUGACUGACCACUGAGGUCCCGGGGAAACAUUAUCACCCUUCUUCAGGUGCACGAAGGGUCUCACUUGGUCAUCCGACCUGAUGAGACAGCGGCAAGUUCGCGCUGGGGAGAGACAGCUAACCUGCUUUGCAUGCAGGAAAGGAUUCACUCUCAUCCCGCUUCGCGACGUGCCAGUGAGAGGUCAUGUUCCGGUUUUCAUUGUGGGAGUGACACAUCCAACAGGAGUAUAAACUUCAAGUAACACAGUGACCUGAUGGAUUGUCAGCGAACUGCCACUCAGGAGAGGCCCUUCACCUGCAACGAGUGUGGAUUGGGAUUCACUCUGUCAUCUGGCCUUUUGAGGCACCAGCGAAUUCACACCGGGGAGAGGCCGUUCAUCUGCUGCGAGUGCGGGAAAGGAUUCGCUCAGUCGUCCAAACUUCUGACUCACCGACGAAUCCACACCGGGGAGAGACCGUUCAUCUGCUCCGAGUGUGGGAAGGGAUUCACUCGGUCAUCCGACCUCCUGGGGCACCAGCGAAUUCACACCGGGGAGAGGCCGUUCAAAUGCUCCGAGUGUGGGAUGGGAUUCACUCAGUCGUCUGGCCUUGUGAGGCACCAGCGAAUUCACACUGGGGAGACACCAUUCAUAUGCUCCGAGUGUGGGAAGGGAUUCACUCGGUUGACUAAGCUACUGACUCACCAGCGAGUUCACACCGGGGAGAGGCCGUUCAUCUGCUCCGAAUGCGGGAAGGGGUUCACCCAGUCCUCUAACCUUCUGACGCACCAACGAAUUCACACUGAUGAACAGCCAUUCAGAUGCUGUGAGUGUGGGAAGGGGUUCACUCAGUCGUCCAGCCUACUGAUACACCAGCAAAUUCACACUCGGGAGAGACUGUUCAGCUGCUCUGAGUGCGGGAAGGGGUUCACCCGGUCAUCCAAUCUGCUGGCUCACCAGCGGGUUCACACUGGGGAGAAGCCUUUCAUCUGCUGUCACUGUGGGAAGGGUUUCAGGCACUCCUUCAGCCUGCAAUGUCACCUGCGAGUCCACACCGGGGAGCGGCCGUUCACCUGCUCUCACUGUGGGAAGACUUUCAAUCAUUCCUUCAGCCUGCAGAGACACCAGCGAGUCCACACCGGGGAGCGGCCUUUCACCUGCUCCGAGUGUGGGAAGGGGUUCACUCAGUCGUCCAGUCUACUGAUACACCAGCGGGUUCACACCGGGGAGCGGCCGUUCGUCUGCUCAGAAUGUGGAAUGGGAUUCAUGCAGUCUUCCAGCCUUGUGAAACACCAACGAAUUCACACUGGGGAGAGGCCAUUCAUCUGCUCUGAGUGCGGGAAGGGAUUUGCUCGUUCGUCUGACCUUCUGAUGCACCAACAAAUUCACACCGGAGAGCGUCUAUUCCAGUGCCGUGUGUGUGGCAAGGGAUUCACUCGAUCGUCCAACCUGCUGACUCACCAACGAAGGCACAGCGGGGAGCGGCCGUUCGUCUGCUCUGAGUGCGGGAGGGGAUUCACUCGGUCGUCCGAGCUUAAGGCACACCAACGUGUUCACAAUGGGGAGAGGCCCUUCCCCUGUUCCGAGUGCGGGAAGGGGUUCAUGUGUUCAUCCCAGCUACAGUCUCACCAACUAAUUCACAGCGGGGAGCGGCCGUUCGUCUGCUCUGAGUGCGGGAGGGGAUUCACUCGGUCGUCCGAGCUUCGGACACAUCAGCUCAUUCACACCGGGGAGAGGCCUUACGUGUGCUCCGAGUGCGGGAAGGGGUUCAUUCGUUCAUCUCAUCUGCAGUCGCACCAACAAAUUCACACCGGGGAGCAGCCGUUCGUCUGCUCUGAGUGCGGGAGGGGAUUCACUCGGUCGUCUGAGCUUCAGACGCACCAACUCAUUCACACCGGGGAGAGGCCCUACACCUGUUCCGAGUGUGGGAAGGGAUUCUAUCGAUCGUCUGAGCUUCUGAAGCACCAACGGAUUCACACCGGGGAGCGGCCGUUCAUAUGCAGCCAGUGUGGCAAGGGAUUCAUUUAUUCAUCCCAACUGCGGACACACCAAUUAAUUCACACUGGGGAGCGUCCAUUCAUCUGCUGUGAGUGUGGGAGGGGAUUCACUCAGUCAUCGGAGCUUCGGAAACACCAAAGUACUCACACUGGAAAGAAGCCUUACUCCUGUUCCGAGUGUGGAAAGAGUUUCACUCGGUCCUCUGACCUUCUGACGCACCAACGGGUUCACACCGGAGAGCGGCCGUUCAUAUGCAGUCAGUGCAGCAAGGGAUUCAGUCGUUUGUACCAUCUGCGUUCGCACGAGCGAAUUCACACCAAGGAAUGGCCAUUCAUCUGCCCCAAGUGCGGGAAGGGAUUCACUCAGUCGUCCAACCUCCUGAGGCACCAGCGGAUUCACACCGGGGAGAGGCCGUUCACCUGCCCCGACUGUGGGAGGAACUUCAGUCAGUCUUCUCACCUCUCGAAACAUCAGCGAGCUCACACUAAAGGGACGGUGCAAAUGUGCGGUACUUAUGUGGGGCAUUUAAACACGGCAGGUGCAGAGACAGCAGUGCGUUCACAAGUGACUGCAGGAACUGAUUCUGCAGUUAUUGCUGCUGUUGAUCACAUCCAGGUUUGGACCCAGGUCACUGGACACAUUCAAAAAUUCAAAGUACAUUUAUUAUCAAAGAAUGUAUAAAUUAUACACCUUGAGAUCUAUUGGCUUGCAGGCAGCCACAUUUGGGGUUCUUGCCCCUAGGACAGCAGGCACAUUUUAUUCUGCAUCAAUUAUGAGUCAGUCUGUUCUCUGUGAAUGGAGUGAGCUUGUGUAUGUACCAUUCAGCUAAUAUACAGAAACAAGCUACAACACAAUUCAGAGUGGAUCACAUUUUUGUAUAUUUGUUAUUCACUAGCAAGGGAAAAUUGGUUCCAACAUUAGCUGGACAACAGUUUUCAAGCUUGUGUCUCAAAGCACUUUUGGAGAGCACAGUAAUGAGGUAGUUUCAUUCUGUAAUAGCAUUCAUCUGUUAUCCUGUUCCUGCCAUGAACACACCCAUCUCCCUUCAUAAGACACAUAUCUUGAUAAAACCUACACAGACUUGGGAUCCUUCAGGUUCCAUUUGUUACAUUACUUUUUACAAAACUUACAAAUUCAUAAAGACUUCAGGGUUACAGAUAUAUUUUCACAUUUGCUGCUUUUGGUCAUUUCAUGACAUCACCAUAACCUUUGAAACAAUUGUUAAGGUAUGAGUGCAGUAAUAAAAGUGAUUUUGGACACUCGUAUAAUGACACAUACUCAGAACUUUAGUUAUACAAAAUCUCCUUUUUCUGUUCUGGAUCAACAGGUACCCAUUUGCAAUAUAAUCUCCUUAUGGUUUUACAUUUGUUCACACCGUUAGACACCUUCUUACAGUGACGAGAGUGAAUCCACAGUGGCUUUUUUU